CACUGCUGUUUUCAGUGCUUGAUUUCGUCGGCGAUCUUCACGAUUUCUUGAUUCUACUUCUGGAUCGACCUCUCUCUCGGAUGAAUUGAGCUGGAAAUGGCGGAUUCCGCGGCGGCGACGGCGCCCUCCACUCCUCGCUGGAACGUCGAGAGGCCUUUCCUCACCGGCCGCUUCCACCAGGAAGUGAAAGGGACGUCCCGCCUCGCCCUUGAUUCUCUCAGUGGCGGAUCGGACAGGGCAAUUGGCUGUUACGAAGCUGCAGUUCAGGAACUUAUUGUUAUCGAUGAUCUUCUCUCUGCUUUGGUUGGUGUGGAAGGACGAUAUAUAUCCGUUAUGAGAGUGCGCGGAAAGGAAGAUGCUAUUUCCUUCCAUGUAGAUGCAUCAAUGGAUUUAGCACUUCAGGAAAUGGCUAAAAGGAUUUUUCCCUUGUGUCAAAGUUUUCUUCUCAUUAGCCAUUUUGUGGAGUCAAGGUCCCAGUUUAAGAAUGGCCUUGUCAAUCACGCCUUUGCUGCAGCCCUCAGAGACCUGCUUCUGGGCUAUGAAGCGAAGGUGGCACAGCUCGAACACCAAUUUCGACUUGGAAGACUUUCCAUUCAAGGGCUGUGGUUUUAUUGUCAGCCUAUGAUGGGGUCCAUGCAAGCUUUGUCCGUGGUGAUUCAGAAGGUUUCAUCCAAUAAUUUUGUGGGUUCUGCAGUACUUAACCUCUUACAGAGUCAGGCUAAGGUCAUGGCUGGCGAUAAUGUUGUGAGGUCCUUACUGGAAAAGAUGAUCCAGCAGGCAAGCAACGCAUAUCUGAGUAUAUUAGAAAGGUGGGUCUAUGAAGGAGUUAUUGAUGACCCUUAUGGUGAAUUUUUCAUCGUUGAGAACAAAUCUUUGAAGAAGGAAAGCCUUACGCAGGACGAUGGUGCUAAAUUCUGGAGUGAGCGUUACAGCCUCAAAGAUGGGAUUCCUAGCUUUCUUGCAAAUAUUGCUGAGACAAUUUUGACUACUGGAAAAUAUCUUAAUGUGAUGAGAGAAUGUGGGCACCAUGUUCAGGUCCCUGGAUCAGACAAUGCAAAGUUAAUGAGCUCUGGCUCAAACCAUCAUUAUCUUGAAUGUAUAAGAGCUUCUUAUGAUUUUGCCAGCGGUGAGCUCUUAAAUCUUGUAAGAGAAAAGUAUGAUCUAAUGGGAAAGUUGCGGUCUAUGAAGCACUAUCUUCUCCUUGAUCAGGGCGAUUUCCUGGUUCACUUCAUGGAUAUAGCUCGAGACGAACUCUCAAAGAAGCUUGAUGAGAUAUCUGUGGAGAAGCUGCAGUCUCUGCUAGACCUCGCCUUGCGUACCACAGCAGCUGCAGCAGACCCUUGCCAUGAGGAUUUAACAUGUUGUGUGGAAAGAUCUUCUUUGCUUAAGAGACUUGAAGACAUGGAGCUUAACCGCACUAUUCCUGAAGAUAGUGAAUUUGAGGAGCCUUUGAGCAUUACUGGUCUAGAGACGUUUUCUCUUAGUUACAAGGUUCGGUGGCCAUUAUCCAUUGUUAUAUCAAGAAAAGCCUUGAUGAAAUAUCAGUUGAUUUUUCGCUUUCUUUUUCACUGUAAACAUGUAGAGCGCCAGCUUUGUGGAGCAUGGCAAGUGCAUCAAGGAGUCCGUGCUCUUAACCCAGGUGGAACGGCUAUAUCAAGAUCAUCUCUGCUGUGCCGCAGUAUGCUUAAAUUUAUUAACAGCCUUCUGCACUACCUUACUUUUGAGGUUCUGGAACCUAAUUGGCAUGUGAUGCAUAACAGACUUCAGACUGCAAAGAGCAUAGACGAGGUCAUUCAACAUCAUGAUUAUUUCCUCGAGAAGUGUUUGAGAGAAUGUCUACUUCUUUUGCCUGGACUGCUCAAGAAAGUGGAGAAGUUGAAGCUGUUGUGUGUGCAGUAUGCUGCAGCCACUCAGUGGUUGAUAACAUCCUCUGUAGACAUCGCGCAGUUUCAUGAAAAACCGGAUAACUCACUAAGGUCAGAAGAGCCCAAGUCACGGAAAUCCGUAUCCAAAUCUCAGGCUUCAAGAUCAAUGACAAAAAAUGCAACAGUGACCAAUUCUGUCCUCAAAUUCGAGAAGGAGUUCAAUGCUGAGAUCCAGAGCCUGGGCAAAAUUUUGAGCAGUCAUUCACAAGCGGAGCCGUAUCUGACUCACCUUGCACAGUGGAUCCUCGGUGUUGGAAAGAAUCAAUAGGUUCUGGUUCACUUUUCCAUAAAUUGAAUUAAUCUAUUCUGUAGGCCUCUCAAUUAUCAUUUUUUGUCAUGCUUCCAUCUGAAAGAUUUAUGUGUAUUUUUCCCUUCAGUCUCCGUUUUUGUUUCAUAUGUCGAUUUUGUGAUAUUUUGCGAGCAUGAGGUGUCGUAAAUCUAAUAGGUUAGAAUUCUAGUUGAACUAGAAGCAGGGUGGUGAUUUCAACUGUUUUUGAACUGAUUUGUGCACUUAAGCUUUUCAUCAAAGGAAAUGGGCAGGGACUAGUGUAAUCCAUAGUUUAAGGCUUGGGCAACAA